UAAAAAUAUCUUCAUGGUUGUGAAUGUACAAAAAAUAUCAUCUCGACUCAUGAUUUAGGAGAUGAAUUAACAUGAAUAAUGGGAAUUGAAAAAUAUGAUCUCGACUUCUAAUGAAAAUGCCAUCUUUAUUGUCAAUGUCUCAAUAUUGUCGUCUUGAUUGUAAUACGUGACUUAUUUGGGCGGAUGACGACAAGGAGAGGACGAACUCAUUUGGGCGGAUGACAACAAGGGUUUCUACUCAGUCCGCAGUUGUUAUAAGCGAAUCACCCAUAGUACGUUGCCAGAUGUUGGCUGGGUGAAGAUAUGGAAGCUUGAUAUACCUCCGAUGGUAAAAAUUUUCUUUUGGCAAGCUUGUGUGGAUUGUUUACCGAGUAAACAACGGUUGAUUCAACGUAGAGUUCCGUUAUGGCCAAAAUGCUUGAUAUAUGGUCAUAAAGAGGAAAGCUCCAUUCAUGUCCUUCGAGACUGUACCUUGGCUCGGUUGGUAUGGCACAACAGGGGCAACAACUUUUUGCAGAUUGCAGGCCACGACUUUGGGGUGUGGGCAUCUUCGGCGGCAGCCAAUAGCACGAAGGCUGAGUUCGGGAAGUUUGCCAUGAUCUGUUGGAGCUUAUGGAAGGCUCAGAAUGAAAAAGUUUGGAAAAAUUUAAAUCCAAACUGGAAAGGUGUCAUUGCUUGUGGUGAAACCGUGCUGGACGGAUGGAAAGCUACGCAAAUUUCCGCCCCCAGGAGCUGACUUCGGUAAGGCAUAGUGAAAUGUGGAAACCACCGAAAGAGGGGUGGGUGAAAAUAAAUGUGGAUGCCGCUACCUCAAAUAUAGGUGAUAUAAGAGUGUUGGGGCUGGUGGUAUGAGAUAGUCAGGGGGUUUUUCUUGCAGGAAAAAGCAUUCGACGGAAGGGUAGAUAUGCAUCAGGCACAACAGAAGGAAGCGGUCAAGUGGGCAUUAGAGCAAGGAUGGCAACGGGUUGUCAUGGAAUCAGAUGCUAAAUAGAUUGUGCAGGGACUUGCUCGGGAAGACGGUUUACACUAUAAUGAUAUCAUCUUUAGAAAUAUUAGACACAUGAUGGUUGAUUUUACCAAUAUAAGUGUCCAAUAUGUGCACCGUUCAAUGAAUUAGGCGGCUCAUAUUCUAGCCAGAGAGGCCUGUUCUGGGUCUGGCGGCACUUGGUCGUUGCCGCGCAAUACUGAAUGCUGGAUCGUCCUUCUACCAUAACGCUUUCCAUGCUUCCACAAAUCACGGAAGAACGCCAACACUGAGACUCCCAUCAUAGUUUUAAAUAACAGUUACAUCCCAGAGAAUCCAGAGAGUAGAGAGGGAAAAUUCUGACAGAAAAUGUUGAAGUUAGAGGAUUUGGCAUUGUGGGUAUUGUUGUUAUCUGCUGCAGUUAUUUCUUCUUCAAUCUCAGUGUGUGGAAAGAAAGCAAUGGCAAGGAAAGAGGACAUUCCAUACAUCAAAUGCCAGGUCUGUGAGAUGCUUGCUUAUCAACUCUACCAUCAAGUUCAGCGAAAGAAAGCAGCAAUCUCACCCAACAAGAUCUCAGAGUACCAGAUCAUUGAGAUUUCAGAGAGCGUCUGUAAUCUAAAGAAGCAAGAAGCUGAUUGGAUUCUCAAAAUUGAUAUUGUAGAAGAAGGAGAUAGGUUGGCGCUUAUUGAACAAGACUCUGAAGGACAAUGUAAUUCAGAAUGCAAAACAGUUGAACGUGCUUGUCAAGAAGUUAUGGACUAUUCUGAUACUGAUGUAGCAGAGUAUUUGUACAAAAACAAACCUGAACUUGAUUCUCUGUUAAAUUUUCUCUGCAAAGACCUAUCCAAAGCAUGUAGCAGGAUGCCACCGCCUGUUCCUAAGGAUAGGGCACCUGGAGAACCUUUCCUUCCCAAGCCCCCAAAAGAUGCUGAAUUGGAAAAUAUACUAAAAGCUAUGCAGAGUAUGCCUGGAGCACCCAGCGUGGAAGUGUACUCCGGGGAUGAAUUGAACCAAAACUUUGGUGAUAGUGAUGAUGAUGAUGAAAUCGACCUCUCCUUGGAUUGGGGAAAACCUGUAAAAGAGAAACAGACUAAGGAGCUGGAUUGGAAGCAGAAGAUCAGCAAAGGGAUAACGGAUACAGGCGAGACACUGAAGAACCAUAUCGCCACGGCAUCUUACAAGUUAAGUGAUUGGUGGAGAGCAAAGAAGGAACAAAUGGAUAAGAAUCACAAGUCUAGUAGUAAAACUGAGCUGUAGUUGUGAUCUUUGUUAGGAUAUAUAGAACAACACACACAUACUCAAUGAGCUCCUAUUACUGUCACUAGGAUUUGUAGUGGAAACUUGAAUGUUUGGAUGAGGAAUUAAACCAUGAAAGAGUAGAAUACUUUACAAAAUACGAAUUCCUGGGCAAAAUAUAGUAUAGUUAUAAACUAUAUAAUGCAAAUAUGAAUUCGAGAUUUUCUUCAUAAGUUUAUAUAUAUAGAGCCAACUUGGGUCCCUGCCCUAUUUUACGAGAAUCAUAAUCGG